AUGUCUACCGCACCAUGUGUACUCCCGCCGGAUGAGGCUGCCGGCUACAUCAAGGCGUACUUUGAAUGUGUACAUCCUCUUUAUCCUUUUCUCGACCGACGAGAGUUUGAGAGGAAAGCCGCCCUUCCAAAUUUGAUCGAGGUUCUGGCAGAGCAACCAGCAUUUUCUGCUCUGUAUCAUGCAGUUCUCGCGAUUGGCUGCCAGAAUAUCGCCGAUGUCUCUUUUGACCCUGGAGUGGGAAGAUCGUGGCAGAUCUUUCGAGUCUCCUUGGCAAUAUUGCCACGAAUCUUGACUCAUCCCGACUCGGAACCGGAUCUACAGGCGGUCACUGCCAUGGCCAUCUUUGGAAUGAAUAUCCCCGGCAUGCAAGUAGAUGAGUUGUUCAUUGAAGCAGUGCGCAAAGCGGCCCGAAUUGGGUGCCAUCGAGUCAUCAAAAGACGUGGCUUGGAUCCUGUCUCCUGCUAUAAAACCUUUUGGGUCAUUUAUAUCUUGGAACGCAUGCUCUGUUUCGUCUUCGGUCUAAGCCCGUUGCUCUCCGACUAUGAUAUCGGCUGUCCUCUACCCGAGACACCCGAAUCGAAUGUAGACGGCGUCAACUUCUUCCUCAUAGCUGUGAGGUGCGGGAGAAUCAUGUCGAAAGCGUAUCAAACGCUGUUCUCGGUCAGUGCCACGAUGAAAACUACGGAGCAGUAUUUCGCGGCCAUUGAUGCCAUUAAGAGCGACCUGAGCCGGUGGAACUACUCGAUACCAGCCAAGUUUCGACCUGGUAUGCCGUUUCAUUCUGGAAAUGGGUGGGAGACCCUCUCGUUUCUCAGGAUACAUUACAUGUAUCACGCUCUCAACAUCUCCCUUUGCCGGCUGGAGUUGCACGUUGGCGUCGACCAGAGUACCCAGCGCAUGAAUGACACGCGGAAGCAACUCAUGAACACGGCGCGGACGGUUCUAGAUCUAACGACAUUUAUUGAGCUCAAACCUUCAACGCCAAUGUGGAUAAUGUGUGCCAUUCCGGCGUCGGCAAUGCUCAUCCUCUUCGACUUUGUUAUCCACAACCCCACCCAUAUCGAGACGGACACGAAUUUGAAGCUCUUGGAUACGGCAGCCGGCUUUUUUGGGCGGCUACAAUACGCGACUGGCGGUUCGUUUCCGUCCAUGAUCAUGUCCGGCUUUGCCCACAUUGCAAGCGAUUAUGUACGCCGGUCACGUGCUGCAAACGGCUCUUCUGUUGCGGCUUCUGCUACAGCAAGGUCAUCAGGCACGCCAGGGAACCAACCAAUCGCGCCACAAUUGACCGCAUCCAUGCCUCCGUCGAUCCCCAACUUUGCGGCCAGCACGGGCAACGUCAACUUGAAUGGACUGCCGCCCAAGGAGUCAGCACCAAGCCUGGACGUUUACAGCUCUUCAGGACCACUAUUUUAUCCCAUCGAGGAGGGCGAUUAUACCAUGAACGACGACCUCUUUGCAGGAUUCAAUUUUGCGAAUUUCUUUGAGCCUGUGAUUCCCGAGUUCUAG